AUGGGAGUAAUUAAAGUGCCAGUGUUGGAAGCGACGCAAUUAGCUACUCACAACCGCGCCUAUAGAAGGGGUGACAUUCCGAGCGUCAGGACAGCGAUAGAUGACUUUGGCUCUUCUGGGGUGCGGGUAUUAACUAGAAACGAUUUAUUUACUAUCAUGGAACGCUCCAAUGCGUCAACUUUUAACGAAAAGUUGGAAUUUAUGGAGUUGGAACUUCUGCAUCAAUACUCUGAAGAAUUAUCUGAAAGGAGUAAAAGGCGAAAAACUGAAGAGCUUCGAACAUCUGACUUACAUGAGCUGGCAUACGCAACACAAAUGAAAUUGCGAAAGACUGGUGAAGUCAAAGCAUCAAAAAUCGUAAAGGUCCUUACCAGAAGUCCUCUGAAAGCAAAACAAUAUUCAGCAGCAAUAAAAGAAAAAACAGCUGAACAACAAAAAGAAGUUUCAACGAAAUUGGCACACCUUCGUUCCCUGUUUAUGUUUGUUGAAGCGGGGCUUACUCAGGCUCAGUAUGAAGUGGUUCGAGACACAAAUCCAGACUUUUACCCGUGCUAUUCAAUUCUAAAGAAGUUGAAGAAAGAAUGUUACCCCGAAAUCCACAGCAUAACUGAGACCUGUGCAGAAGUAAGGGUACAAAGCUUAAUCACUCAAUCAAGCGGUUAUUAUUGCAUCGUGCUCUGUCGUUCCACUUCAACUUGUCUAUGGAAAGAAAAAAAAAAUAUAUGGCAAAACCCAACUCCAUCAUCACCACGAUAUUGCAGACCAAUACGCAUACGAUAUGUGAAAGAAAACACUGACGGGACCAAUGAGGAGAUCGAGUACGUUGAAACUCAAAUAAAAGAACUGAGCAAGACCAAGAUCGACGAGAUAUCCAUCAAACACAAAAUAGUUUUUAUCAUGGUGGACGGCAAGGUAUGUAACGCAGCAACACAUACCAAGUCAACCAUGAGAUGUUACAUAUGUGGCGCCACAUCCUCUGAUUUCAACGACCUUACAACAGAAAGGCCCUGCAAUACGGAAAAUAUGCGAUUUGGUCUGUCUUUGCUGCACGCUCGAAUAAGAUUUUUCGAGAGCAUUUUGCAUGUAGCUUAUAAAUUACCGGUCAUGAAAUGGAGGGCUCGCCUGACUGCCGAAGAGAAGAAACUAGUGGAGACACGAAAAAAAGAAAUCCAAACCAAGUUUCGUGAAGAACUAGGAUUACUAGUAGAUACUCCAAAGGCUAACUUUGGAAACACAAAUGAUGGGAGUACCAGCAGGUGA